AUGCUUUGCCUGACUAUUUUAAUUUUAAUUAUUGGGCGUCUUUUUUACGAACUUGUUUAUGAAUAUUUUAUGAUCAAAUCUCCAAUUCCAUCAGUAGCUUUUUGGCAAGACAAUCGAACAUAUCAAACAGGAAGAACACGGCCAUCUCCAAUAAUAACCAUUGAUGAAGUUAACCUGACCAAUUUUACUUUAGCUAUAGCAGCAUGUUGUCGAAAUGUCGAAAAGCAUCUUGUUGGCUUUCAAAAAAAUAUUCGCGCUAUAGGUGCCUUAUUUCGAUCUUACCGUCUCUAUUUGGAGGAAUCAGAUUCCAACGAUGGUACCGUAAAAUUCAUCAAAGAAUGGAUGAAAAAUGAUUCUGAUCAUGUUCAACUUUACACUUCAGGACAACAAAGAUGGCGACAUUAUUUUCGUAAGUACUUCCUAUUGAUAUCGUCUGGAGCAAAUCAAACAGUUCUGAUUGAUAAAUAA